AUGGAAGAGUUAGAGUAUCAAAGCAAACCAUGCAAUAAUAAUACAAGUAAUGGACGCUUAAAGCUCUUCGGUUUCAACGUAACGGAAGAAGAAGAAGUAGACUCCACUAAAACACCAUCAGGCUCGCCGGACUCUGGCGGUUUACCAGCACCCGAUGGACGGAAAUACGAGUGCCAGUACUGCUGCCGGGAGUUUGCCAAUUCACAAGCUCUGGGUGGUCACCAAAAUGCCCAUAAGAAAGAGAGGCAACAGUUGAAACGUGCACAAAUGCAAGCCAGUAGAAACGCUGCAGUGUCCUACAUGCGGAACCCUAUAGUCUCCGCCUUUGCUCCACCGACCCACCUCCUCGCUCCUACAGGCUCUGUGGUGGUUCCUUCUGCUGCACCUUCGUCCCCACCGUGGUUGUAUGUUCCACGCGCCGCGCAGCCCUUCCAGGUGUCGCACGGGUGCGUGUUCCCGACAUGGUCAACUGGGAGGGGUGCAGGGAACUUAUCGUGUACCGUCAGUGUAGGUGAGUCCAACCUGACAAAUAUUGGGCCUCAGGCGAUCAAGGCCCAUAAUGGAAGGCUAGAUGGGCCAUCGUUAAGUAGAUUCUCUACUGCAGACGGUGGACCCAGUGUAGAUGAUGGAUUUGGGCUCGAUUUGCAUCUUAGCCUUGCGCCAGCCGCGCCGUGA